UCUCCAUUUCCGAUUUUCAAUUGAUUUUGCUUAAUUGGGGCAGUAACUUUGAUUUUCGCCUUGGUUUUUUCUGUUUCUGGGAAUUUAUUUCUUGAUUGAAAAAUAUAAUUUUGUUAUUUUACAAAUUACCAUUACAAAGUUCUGGAAUUCGUGAAAUGGAUUGCACCAAUGAAGUUCUGGAACAACUGCUGAAUGUGGAAGCUGAGCUUCAAGAUGUUCAAGACCAAAUAAAGAUCCUCCUUGAUCAGCAAGAAACUUUGUAUGCCAGACAAUCUGAACUAAAGGCGAUCCUUGAAGAUUGUGAAGCAUCAAGUAGCCAUCCCAAUGAUGGGGCCUCAAUUGCUCCAGAGAAUUGGUCGGGGUCUUUUGGUUGGGAUUCUGAAGCUGAUGAUCUCCGACUUAACAUUUUUGGCAUAUCUUCGUAUCGUGCAAAUCAACGAGAGAUAAUAAAUGCAGUUAUGAGCGGUAGAGAUGUGUUGGUGAUUAUGGCAGCAGGUGGUGGAAAAAGUCUUUGUUAUCAGCUUCCAGCUGUACUUCGUGAUGGGAUUUGCCUAGUAGUCAGUCCUCUGCUUUCUUUAAUCCAAGAUCAGGUGAUGGGUCUGACUGCUCUAGGAGUUCCAGCAUACAUGCUGACCUCAACUACUAGCAAGGAUGAUGAGAAGUUUAUAUACAAGGCCCUUGAGAAGAAUGAAGGAGACCUCAAGAUAUUGUAUGUCACACCAGAGAAGAUAUCUAAGAGUAAAAGAUUUAUGUCAAAGCUUGAAAAGUGCCACCAUGCUGGCCGUCUUUCUCUCAUAGCAAUAGACGAGGCACAUUGCUGCAGCCAGUGGGGUCAUGAUUUCCGUCCUGACUACAAGAACCUUGGUAUUUUGAAGACUCAGUUUCCAACCGUUCCUGUUAUUGCUUUGACGGCAACUGCUACAAAGAAAGUCCAACUCGAUCUGAUGGAGAUGUUGCGUAUACAAAAAUGUGUAAAAUUUGUUAGCAGUGUGAACAGGCCAAAUUUGUUUUAUAUGGUGAGGGAGAAGUCAUCAGUUGGAAAGGUGGUGGUUGACGAAAUUGCAGAAUUUAUUAGUGGAUCAUAUCCAAAUAAAGAAUCGGGAAUAGUUUACUGCUUCUCUAGAAAAGAAUGUGAGCAGGUUGCAAAGGAAUUACGUGAAAAGGGAAUUAAAGCAGAUCAUUACCAUGCUGAUAUGGAAGUAAGAGACCGUGAAAGUGUUCACAUGCGGUGGAGCAGUGGCAAGUUACAGGUUAUUGUUGGCACGGUGGCAUUUGGCAUGGGAAUCAACAAACCUGAUGUCAGGUUUGUCAUCCAUCACAGUCUGAGCAAAUCCAUGGAGACAUAUUACCAGGAAAGUGGACGUGCUGGACGUGAUGGACUUCCGUCGGAAUGCCUUCUCUACUUUAGGCCUGCUGACAUGCCUAGGCAGAGUUCGAUGGUCUUCUACGAGAACUCCGGUCUGCAGAAUCUUUAUGACAUCGUACGGUAUUGUCAGUCAAGGACUGGGUGCAGGCGAGCUGCCUUUUUUAAACAUUUUGCUGAACCACUGCAAGAUUGCAAUGGGAUGUGUGACAAUUGUGUUUCUUCUAGCGAGGUUAAAGACAUUGAUGUCUCAUGUCAUGCGAAAGCUAUGAUUUCUUUGAUACAAAGUAUACAAGAAAAUGAUCAGAAAGUCACAAUGUUGCAAUUGGUUGACAAGAUGAAAGUUAAACAGAAAGACUUAGAUUCAGACCUGAAAAGAGAUCAUAUGGAGCAACUUGUCAUCCAACUUAUUAUAGACCGUGUAUUGAAAGAAGAAUUUCAACACACUGCAUAUACGACAAAUGCUUAUGUGGCGUUGGGUCUAUUGGGAAAGCAGGUCUUGCAAGGAAAGAAAACAGUGAAACUUCAGAUCUGUUGUGAUAAGGACAGUAAUAAAGCUGGGGUUAUGAAGACUGCUAAGCGUAAAUCAGAAUCAUCCAACUUGGAAUUCAGGUUGGAUGAGCUGCGUAAGGAACUUGCUUCACUUCAUGGAGGAAUAUUCCCUCACUCUAUUUUAUCAACUCAGCAGAUCAGUGUGCUAGCUGCUGAGAAACCAGAUUCCAUAGAACAGUUAGAGAAGAUAAUUGGGAAGGUGAAAAGUGGAAAGUAUGGAAGCAGAAUUAUUGAAGAGAUUUCCAAUAGGUCUGAGUCCGAAAAUCUUGAUCCUGAAAUUGAUGAAGAACACGAGAAUAAGGCUGCAAAGAAGGCAAAGACCAAAAAAACUCGGGUUCUCAUAGAAUGCAGCGAAGAUGACGAAUAACCUAAAGUUUAGGAGACAGCAAAUGUAAAAUGUAACAGAUUAGCUUUUGUGUAAGUGUUAUUGAAUGUAAUCAUAUGCAUAAUCCUUGUGUUUUAGAGAAACAUCAAGUGUCUUGUUAUUCAGACAUUCUUGUCACUUUGGUAACCUGUUGACCUGUUGUUAACCAGUUAAAUUAAGAUAAGCGCCUUUUACUUGA